CGUGGUCGUGUUUACGUUCCACCCUUCGACAUCCCCGUCCAAUGUCUUUUCCCCAAAAAGAGUUGAACUAAACCCCCGAAACUUCACCCGUAAACACUAGGUUUUCAAUUCAGUGACGACAAUCCCCAAAACAUGUCCAACUCGUGUGUGGAAAUAAUAGAAGACAUCGAGGACCUGAUCUCCUCGCAGGACAUAACCCCGAAGGAGCGCUACAGCACCCGAAAGAACGUGACGGUUCGUUCUAAAGUCAAACGCAAAAACGGAUUCAUCGGGGAUGUCAAGAGGCCUGAGAUUCUGUCGAGUGUCAUUCCGGGCACUCAGACGAUCUACGUGAAGACAUGGGGCUGCACUCACAACAGCUCGGACUCGGAGUACAUGGCUGGACAGUUGGCUGCCUAUGGGUACAACCUCACUGAUGAUAAAUCAGAGGCCGAUCUCUGGCUGUUGAAUUCGUGCACAGUGAAGGCACCAGCUGAGGAUCACUUCAGGAAUGAGAUCGAGGCUGGCAGGAAGAUGGGGAAGCAUGUGGUUGUCGCCGGAUGUGUCCCCCAGGGAGCACCGAAGACGUCGUUCCUCUCGAACCUCAGUGUGAUCGGAGUCCAGCAGAUCGACCGUGUGGUCGAGGUGGUCGAGGAGACCCUGAAAGGCAACACAGUGCGCUUCCUCUCCCAGAAGAAGCUCUCGGGCAGGAAAAUGGGAGGUGCUCCCCUGUCGCUGCCGAAGGUCCGCAGGAACCCCCUCGUCGAGAUAAUCGCGAUAAACACCGGCUGCCUGAACCAGUGCACCUACUGCAAGACAAAGCACGCCCGCGGUGAGCUGGGGAGCUACCCCCCAGAGGAGAUAAUCCAGCGAGCGGUCCAGGCCUUCGAGGAAGGCGUCGUCGAGCUCUGGCUGACGUCUGAGGACACUGGGGCCUACGGCCGGGACAUCGGGACGAGCCUUCCCGAGCUCCUCUGGAGGAUCGUGGAGGUCAUCCCCGAGGGCUGCAUGAUGCGCGUGGGGAUGACCAAUCCCCCGUACAUCCUGGAGCACCUGGAGGAGAUCAGCAAGAUCCUGAGUCACCCCAGGGUUUACAAAUUCCUUCACGUGCCAGUGCAGUCUGGCAGCGAUCAGGUGCUCAGUGACAUGAAGAGGGAGUACUCGAGGGCGGACUUUGAGAGGGUUGUCGAUGUACUCCAGGAGAAGGUGCCCGGGGUGACGAUCGCCACCGACGUCAUCUGCGGCUUUCCCACGGAGACUGAGGAGGACUUCGAGGAGACCAUGAGCCUCUGCACGAAGUACAAAUUUCCGAGCUUGUUUAUCAAUCAGUUCUUCCCGAGGCCUGGGACUCCGGCUGCUAAGAUGCAGAAGGUCCCCACUCAGGUGGUCAAGACCAGGACCAAGAGGCUGUCUGAGCUCUUCCAGUCGUAUGAACCAUAUCGGGGGAGGGUGGGGGAGGUGCAGAGGGUUCUGGUUACUGAGACCUCGCAUGAUGGGAGGUUCUUCGUGGGGCAUAAUCAGUUUUAUGAGCAGGUGCUGGUGGAGAUGAGGGAGGGAGUCCUGGGGAGGAUGGUGAGGGUCAGGAUUGUGGAGGCUAUGAAGUUCGCUGUGAGGGGGGAACUGGUGGGGGAG